AUGGCCGGGACGCUACCGCAGAGUGAAGCCGCUGGGUUGAUGGUGCUGGAAGGGCCAUCUCCCGAGGAAUGGGCGUUGAUAAAGGGUGUGUUCAUCGAGUUGUACGUCCACCAGGAGAGGAAGCUAUCCGAGGUGCGAAGGCUAUUGGCCGAGCAAUGGCUGGCUAACACGAUGCCCAGGGAGAAGGCGUACAAGAGACGAAUUGCUCAAUGGCGGGCCUUCAAAAACUAUAAAGCCGCCGACAAGAAAGCAAUCUCUGACACAGUUCAACAGGUUCAAGAAAGCAGCAAUUCCCCUGUCCGACUAUACGGCAGACCGGUGAAAUGGGAUAGAAUAAAGCGGUUCAACAGGACCCCCGGUCCAAGUAGAAAACGUCGAUCGGCGCUACCUUUUGAGGCGAAGCUUGACCUACAGCUGCGCCCAGAUGUUCUUUCCCCUGCACUUGAGAGCGAUGAACGCAUUCUUUUUCUGACUCAAUCCUAUCUGACCUGGAAUGUCUCACGGUGGAAGCCUCUUGGCUUUCACGGCCAUACUAAGGGCCACGUUAAUGCACCAGAUGGUCUACCUGCGGCCUUCAACAAAUGCUUCUAUGACGCUAUCCCCCUGCUGCUGACAAAGCGCACAUCAGAAGCAUUCGAGAAGAUCAACUUUGCUUGCAGUCUCGCAUUGCAAUGCCUCCAAGAUUGUCCGUACUGGGUAUUCUUACGUCUGCUACGACUGUAUGCGUAUCCUCUAUGGGGACGAUUUGCGGACGUGCGAAGCCACAUUAUAAGAUAUCUGCGAUUGCUGGCUUCCCGCACGUUGCCAGUUAGUCAUCCCCUGAACAACCUGCUUGACAUGUGGAUUGAAGCUGGAAUGGAACCCGACAAAGCCAGACUGGCUGCCCUUCUCCGACUCACCUCUGACCUCAUCGGACCGUCAAGUCCACUGGAAGCUGAAGAGUGGGCUUGGGUUCAAGAUGAGAUUUGCUCUCUACACUAUCAGCUUGGAGGCUUCAAUGAUGCUUUGCGGAUCGCCGACAGGCUUGCGGUAGACACCCAAAUUCCACUAGGUGUUCGAAUCUGCUCCCUACAAAUGGUGGCAAGGCAAUAUCUGCACCAAGCAAAUAUAGAGAAAGCCGAGUCAAUUCUACUGGACACUUUGCAGCUUUGUGAUGAAGCACCAGACGAUUUUGGAGCGGAUUGUUUUGUGCCACAAUCCUAUUCUGACCUGGGAUAUGCAUCAUUCAUGAAAGGAGAUUAUAAACGAAGCUCAAUACUCUUUGAGUCGGCACUAAACAAAGCAAGACAAGUCCAGAACUCAGGCAACGCGUCGUCCAUCCAAUGUCGAAUUGAGGCUACAAGCCAACAAAAUACCGCAGACGAUCCUGCAGAGACGUCCUCACAAGCAAUGAAGGCCAACAGCAAAUGGGCACUCUGGGCAUUUUGCCGACCUUUUUCAUGA